AUCUUACGACAAACCAAACUAACAGACCUUUCUCACCAUGUCUCCAGUUUCCUGGGUGAAGAAGAAGCUUGGUCGGCGUAGAACCCGCAGUGCUAAAUCGGCGGCGCCUUUUCCUCGGACCAGUUCUAGCCUUCUGCAGCCUUCUUUGGAUUCCUUAUCUGUCCCUCUGGUCAAUCGGGAAAUUCAUAUAACGACGGCUGAUUUGCGACGCGCUAAUUCCCAGAAUAAAACUGAUAUGUUUUCAGAAAUUGAUGAUUUGGAGUCUAUAGUGCUGCAUUUAAUGGAGAACAAGGUUACACUUAUUCGACGUAAAUCAUUCAUGAACAAAGGACCUUCAAAAAGAUCAGCAACUGUUUUCUACAAAAGUCUCUCUCGGAGAGCCUCUCGGAUUGCGCGCUUUUCUUCCCUCGGAGUCUAUGGUUGUUUGGGCGUUAAUGGGAUGAUAUUGCCACACAGUAAAUAUGUCUAAUUACUAAACUCUAAUAAUAGGUUGGUCAGGCAAAAAAUGGUAAAAAAAAUAAAAAAUAAAAAAUGAAGGCUUUUGCUAUACGUUGCUAGAUGGUAAAGUUGAUUGUUAAUCAAGUUUGUGUGUGAUAUAUACGUAAUGUUUAAGGUGUAUCUUUGUUUGAUGUGUUAUGAUCGUGAUAUAUGUAUUCCCUGUAAAAUAGA